AUUUAUCGAUUCGAAUAGGGAAAUUUGAGGUAAUUGACGUAUUUCAAUUGGGCAACGUGGCCGACCUUUAAUGAAUGUGCAGCAUAAACAUAGUAGUAGUGUUUAAGGGGAAGAACUGGAGAAAAGUAUAGCAAGUAAAAACUUAUGAAGAUAUAGAUUUAAAAAAUUUAAAUGUAUAAAAGUUAAAACUAAUCAUCACUAAACAAAUAGAUAACGGAACGAAGACAGUUGUCAUGAAUAGGGCAAUAGGAGAUCAGAUGACGUCAUAAGCUUUCGGAAGAAAUGGACGUAGAAAGUCUACGAAAGGAACUAAGCCGCUUUGGCCAGGAACACUUGUUGCAUUUCUGGGACCAGUUAAACAACGAACAAAAAACUGAUUUGUAUAAUGAUCUGAAAAGUAUCGAUUUAGCUUAUGUAACUAAAAUCUUUAAAGAUUGCGUGAGUAAUGGAGGAGGAGACGAUUCGGGAAAACUGGAUGAUGUUCUCCAACCGAUACCUUCCGACUUAUAUGGUAGCGUAUCAAGAACUAGUCCUGAAAAAUUAAGAGCAUACAGAAAUGAAGGUUUACAACAAAUAGCAAAUGGAAAAGUAGCAGUUUUGCUUUUGGCUGGUGGUCAGGGUACACGUUUGGGUGUUUCUUAUCCAAAGGGCAUGUACGAUGUUGGCUUACCAUCUCGUAAAACAUUAUAUCAACUUCAAGGAGAACGUAUUCGUCGUCUUGAACAAUUAGCUUAUGAAUAUACUGGAAAGAAAAGUACUGUUUCUUGGUAUAUAAUGACAAGUGAACAUACCAUGGAACCUACUUUAGAGUUUUUUGAAAAAAAUGAAUAUUUUGGUUUGAAAAGAGAGAACUUAAUUGUUUUUGAACAAAAUAUGCUUCCUUGUUUUACCUUUGAUGGAAAAAUAAUUUUAGAAAAUAGCUGGAAAGUUGCACGAGCUCCUGAUGGUAAUGGUGGCUUGUACAAAGUUUUAAAAAGUGCUGGUAUUCUCACAGAUAUGGAAAGGAGAGGUAUUCGGUAUGUUCAUGUUUACUGUGUGGAUAAUAUCUUAGUGAAAAUGGCAGAUCCAGUGUUUAUUGGUUAUUGUGUAGGAAAAGGUGCUAACUGUGCUGCUAAGGUAGUUGAGAAAGCAUUUCCUACAGAAGCCGUUGGAGUUGUAUGUAAAGUAGAUGGAAAAUAUCAAGUUGUUGAGUAUAGUGAACUUUCAUUACGUACAGCUCAAAAAAGAAAUUCUGAUGGCAGAUUAACAUUUAAUGCUGGAAACAUAUGUAAUCAUUUUUUUACAGUAGAUUUUCUUCAAGAAGUUGCAGAAGGACAUGAAUUAAAACAUCACAUAGCAAAGAAGAAAAUUCCUUUUAUAAAUGAAAAUGGAGAAUUAAUAAAACCAGAAAAAGCCAAUGGAAUAAAAAUGGAAAAAUUUGUUUUUGAUGUUUUUGAGUUUUCAAAUAACUUUGUGGUAUGGGAAGUUUUAAGAGAAGAUGAAUUUUCUCCAUUGAAGAAUGCAGAGGGUGCUCAAAAAGAUACACCAAAAACAGCAUUACAUGCAUUAUUCAGUCUUCAUCAACGAUAUAUUUUAAAUGCUGGUGGUAAAUUUAUUUAUGAUGAUGGAUCAGUCAUUCCUUUAAUUCCAAGGCACACAGCAGCUGAUUCUACAGUUAACACAGAUGAGGUCCUUAGAAAUGGAGAUGGAAAUUAUGGCCAGAAAUCUUACUUGAAGUAUGAGGAUCCUGUUGUCUGUGAAAUAUCUCCUUUAUUGUCCUAUGAUGGUGAGGGUCUAGAAGAGAUAGUUGCAGGGAAAAAGUUUUCUCCGCCAUUAGUAUUAUGGUCAGCUCAAGAAAAGGAAAUUCAAAAUGGAAUAAAUGGAGAAAUUAUAGAAUAAUAUAAACUACUCAAUAUAAACUUCUAUUUGUCCAAAUUUUCAAAUGUAUUUAAGUUAAACUAUGACUGUCAUUGCUGUCGUCAUGAUGAUUAAUAACAAAUGUGCAUUAUGAUGCUCAUAAUGUACAGUCAGAAUUUUAUAUAUUUUUUAAUUUCAGAUGUAUGAGAAUGAUAGGGUUUUUUUAUACUUCAGAAUAACAUUUCUCUAUUUCAUUUAUGGUGGGAACUGUGAUGAAUUUAUAAAAUACUUUAUUGGUGCACAAAUGACAUUUGAUUUCAGAUAAUAUCUAAAUUUGGUGUUGUGAAGUUGGUAUUUUUUUAAAAAUUGAAUAAGCACAUUAAAGGAAUUUGGUGUUGUAGAUUCAUUCCACUUUACGGGUGUUUGUUAAAUAUUUUCCUUUGUUUAUCAAUAUUGCAUUGCAUUGCAUAUACUCUUGAAAAGUUUAUCAUUUAAAGUUAUGUGAUCUGAAUUGCUGUCUUAAUUUAGAAUGUAUUUAUUGCUUGUCUUUAAUAUAUUUUGUGCAAUAAUAUUAUGAUUUUAAAAUAUUCAAAAUAAUAAUUUAUGCAUUGUCUCGUAUAUUAAUGUACUUAUAUAAGAACCAUUAACAUUGUAUAUUUCUCUAAACUGUUUUUAAAAUGUAAAGUGCCUUAUGCAAGGCAUGAUGUUAACUCAAAAUAUAAAGUGCCUCAUUUGAGAAGGAA